AUGUAUCAAAAUUAUUCUGACAAUAUUAAUAAUAAUAUCGAUUCUAACGAUAAUAUUGGUAUUAAUAUGAAUGAUGUUAAUGUUAAUAAUCAAGAAUUUGUUCCUAAUAAUUACCACAAUCAAACCACCGGCCACUACUCCAAUAAUUAUUACAUUCAUAAAAACUCUGGAGAGAAUAAUUUCGGUCAUCAAAACAGCCAGAACUCGGUCGAAAAUAAUUACAUCGAUCAAAACUCUGGUGACAGUAAUUUGAUUCAUCAAAUUAAUUUCACCAACCAAAAUUUGUGUAUUGUCGACAAUAAUUUCGUUGAUCAAAGCUCCACUGGAAUAAACAACAAUAAUAACAAUGAUAUUAUUGGCCAGAACCCAUCUAUUGCUACAAGCAUCAAUUAUCUGAACAAUUGUUUUGACAAUAAUUUUGUUGGUCAAAAUGCUCAUCAAAAUUCUAUUAUCGCGAAUAAUUUCAUUGAUCAAAACAAUGAUCAACUAUUACUACUUAUUCACAUAGCAUCUCAACUUCAAGAUCUCCAAAAUUUUCUAUAUAACAACAAUAACAGACAUUAA